CAACCAACUCCACCUCUUUCUCUCUCUCUCUGCUCGUCUCCAGGAUGCGCAACAGGGAAAGGCGAAAGCAGAAUGCAAAUGUCCGGCGCGAUAACUUACCCCUCCGGAUCGUCCUUGUACUUGGAGCAGUCGCAGUAGUCCGGGCAACCGGGGGGUAGAGUGCCCCGCGAGGCGAUGGCGGGCUUCCUUUCACGAUGGGUCGGUGCCGCCAUGGCGAGCGCGGCUAACGCGACGGCGAGGGCGACACGGAGGAGGUGCAUUGUUGAUGGUGAGACGGUGGUGUUGUGUGGAGGAGUAUCGGGGUGUGUCGGUUGGGGUGGGUUUUUGGAGAUGUUUACUUGGGAGUGUUGGAAUGGGGGUGUCUUGUCUUGUCUUGCCUUGCCUUGCCUUGUCUGUGGAUCGGUCAGUGAGCAGCAAUGGAAUGUGAGUCGCCGAGUUUAUAUAGAUGGAUCCUCCUCCGUACUAUCUGGCUGCAACUGUCGCUUCUCGGCCCCUGCUCCUUGGUUUUAUUCGGCGGCGCAGCUGGUUCUCGGCAAGGUGUCGUCGUGGCACAGGAGGUACGCGACACUACUAUCAACCCGGAAGGGAUAAUCGAGACGAGGACGAGGCUCUCUCCCGCUGUACUCCGCGAUUGGAUCACAGCGGAAGAGGCCGACGGCAACAGGAACCGAGACUAUCUAGGCGAUAUAUCCCGCCGCCCGAGCGAUGUCACAGCCAGCCGCCCUGGUCCCGGGCGAUGUUUCCUGUGUGGAACGCUAACGAGAGGCACACGAGUUUUAACUGUGAAGGCCAUUGGCGAGAAAACGCUGGCGAUGGUGAGGCAGAACCUUGUCCCCGGGCCGGGCCUGGUCCUGGCAUUGCAUCGAGUCAGAAGUAUCCAGCCUCAACUGUGCUCGCGAGUUGGCCGUGUGAAGCCACGGGUAGAGCCAUCCUCGAAGCCUUAAUAUCACAGGAAGGAGCACGGAGCCAGAGGAGACCGCGUACGGCAACAAAAAAGACAUGGUGCGAUUCCAACCCCAACCGUCUAUUCUACAUGGCCCCUAGGAGUAUCCGCCAAUCUGAGACAUUAUGUAUAGAAGCUUUUUUAUACAGCCCGAUGACCGUCCCGUAUGCCCCCAGAUGCAAGGAAUUCCACGACCGAAGAGGAGAUUUCAAAGACAUGAGACACCGCAGCCCAAGACUGUGCCGGCCAUUUCUAGAGAUGAAGAAGAAAGGGGAAAAAGGGGUCAACAAGUAUUGAUACAUACCGAAAGGCUGGGCAAAUGGAGCGAUCAGUCCUUCUUCUCGGCUGGCGGCGGGUUGGCUUCGUCGCCCUUCUCUGGUUGCCGCAGGCCGAACCAGCCGGUGAAAGAGGACUGCAUGCUCUUCAUGGCCUCCUUCUGCGCCUUCUCCUGCAUCUC